GGGGGUUGGGGGUGGGAGAGACGUGGAAAGAGUGUCACAAAGGUCUUUUGACUUAUAAAGACCCCCGGAACGGUAGUGUGUUUGAUUGGUCAAUCGGACAUGCGUGGAAACCAAAGAGUUUGUUUAAAAGUCGCGAAGCAGAUUUUUAGAAUUGUCAUUUCAGGAAUCGCCUGCCGUUAAAACAAAAAGACAUCUCCACGAGCCCAAGAUUAGAUUGAGUCCUUACAGUGCUGUAGACGUCUACAUUUGCAUACAUAGAUCUCCACCAUGGGCUACGAAUUGGAUAUGAUCAACAGGGACCCCAACGGACUCAAUGACCAUGUGAAGGUAUGUGUUGGCCGGACGUGAGCAGAACUCACUCAGCUUGUAAAAAAAUGUUCUUUCUUUACGUAAAACAGGACGUUUGAAACUGUACGGAUAAAGUCAUCUUUCUUUUUUUUUAAUGAUAAUUCUAUCGUUUUAUUUGAUAUUUUACAGUGGUUCUUUUUUUUUCUGGAUUCCACACACAAAUUUAUUUUUUGGUGUGUUGUGGUGUGUGUAAAAAAGGGUUGGAUUCACAAAAAAUAUAAAGAGAAACAUUUAAUUCGUUUUUCCUUCAAAAGAAGUCAUGCGUUACUCUCAAAGAUGUUAACAAAGACUAGGAUAAGUGUGGAGCGGAUGCCGCCUCUGACUAAUGAAGCUCAAAUCUAAUGUUUAAAACCGUAAUGUGAUUGACGAAAACGUAUGAAAUUUAAAUACAACCGCUUGUUACCAUGAUAGCAUUAUGUUGAUACGUGCUGCUGUAGAGGUGACGUGUUCUUGGAACAUUUCAUAUAUAGCAAAUAUAAAUAAAUGAUGAUUAUGUACAUAUGGGCAGUAGUCAAGUUCAAGGGAGAUAUCAAUCAUUCACUAGGGGCAAUACGUCUUGGCUUUCUUUUUGCAUGAAAAUUAUCUUUAUAUGAACAACAUGUUAGACAGUGUGUGAAACAAAAAAAAACAAAAAAAACAAACAAAACAGAACAUUACAAUAACUUACGGCAGACGCUGUAAAAGAGUGAAGAAACUACUAUACAGAAAUGUGUGUGUGAUCAUUUGUUUGUGUUUUUCAUUUGUUGGUCGUGUUGCUGGAGGGUGGUUAGCCUUCCAUUAAAAAAUGUUGACACUAUCCAUCUGGUUUUAUAUGUUCGAAAAGAGCAUGUGGCCGUCUGAAACCUUGGUACUAAUGCUGUUCGCAUGUUCGUAAUUUGGUGAAGCUUUUGCUACAGCGACGGUCGAAGUCUUUCUUUUUAGGAUUCGUUUUUAAGUUUUUUUUCGAAAAUAUUUUUCUACCUUCAUCUCACUUGCAACAAGAUUGUAAUCGUUUAAUCAAUGUAGACUUGUAUAAACGUCUAUAGUAGAAAUUUGAAUUAUUUGAUGAAUUCUGUCAAGUUCAUUCAAUAGUUGGCAAUGUUGUGUGGUUAAAUGAAGCAAAUAGCUAUUCCCCAACGCUUUUAACAAAUGAAAUAGUUAUUUCCCACUGCGUUUAACGAACUAAAUAACUUGUGCCCACUUUGGUUAGCAGUGGUUACAUUGAUUUCGGUUAGCAUUACUUACAUUGGCUUUGGUUAGCAAUAGUUACAUUCCCUUUGGUUAGCAUUAGUUACAUUGCCUUUGGAUAGCAUUAGUUACAUUGCCUUUGGGUAGCAUUAGUUAGAUUGCCUUUGGUUAGCAGUAGUUGCAUUGCCUUUUAUCCAUUGGUCUGUUAUCCAUUACCUGUUAUGUCACAUUAAGAAAUGGCGGCAGUGGGCCGUCGAGCUUAAAGCUCUUUAUGCCCUCCCCAAAGCACCUCCCCCCCUAAGCCUGGUAUCGGGCCACGAAGAGGCACGUUGGAGAUGUCUCUUUGCUAGGAAAGCACCCACCCGAGUCCACUCGACCGGGUUUCCGCUGGAGGCCGCCCCAACCCAAAGACUCCCGGUCAGUCGGCCACUGCAUUUACACACAGUGCACACGAUUGACUUUCUCGGGCGUCGGGAUGGAAAAAAUACGUCCUAAAAUCUUCCUCACCCAUCCCGGGGAAGUGUUGGACGCCCUGUUAUCCAUUGGUCUAUUAUCCAUUGGUCUAUUAUCCAUUGGUCUAUUAUCCAUUGGUCUAUUAUCCAUUGGUCUAUGUCCACAAAACACAUCAAAUGAUCGCAAAAUAAAAUGAUCUAUUUUCAUGGUCAAUACUUCAUGGCACACAAAGUUUGAUAGGCAAUAAAAUAAAUUUUGUAUAAGUUGCAUAGUUAUGUGAUUAAUAAAAACAACCCUUUAUGAAGAAGUCAACAGUUGAAAAAUCGUCUUAGAGCAUAAGAGAACAUGUUCGAAAGUCCAAAAGAUUCAAAUUAAAACAGGAUUGUGAUAAACUCUGCCUAAAAGUGCAAAGCAUACGAAUUUAAGCUGUUGUAUACAAUUUCUAUAAUGAUAUAUAUACCCCUUUAGAAAACUAAGCACAGAAAAUAUUGAAACUAUACUCUUUUAAUUGUAUUAAUACUUUAUCUUUAAUAUAAAUAUGCAUAAUAAACUCCAAAUUUGCUUAAUAACACAAUUUAAAACAUGCUAACUCAUAAAAAUAUAUUUUUAAAUCACAAUUUUAGGUUCUGUUUGAAGAAGUCCUCGCUGAGCCAGACGGCGCCCACUCCAUCAACUGCGUGUGGAACUGUGCCUACAAAUGCUUCAACUGCUGGAAAGGCUGCUGCUACAAGACCUUGACCCUCUUAUGCGGCAUCCCACUGGCCAUGUGCUGGGGAUGCGAGUUCGCCUACAUCACCUUCUGGCACGUGUGGUACGUCACCCCGUGCAUGAGGGCCUACAUGAUCAACUGCGGAUGCCUUCAGAAGUUCUACGGCACGUGUCUGCAAUGUUAUCUCCAGCCACUCUGUGAGGCUUUCAGUUACUGCCUCAGUAACAUAAAAGUAACCAAUCAAUCCGGAUGAUGAGUUCGGUUUACAGUGACCGCGUAACCCGAACCGUACGGCAAGUCUGCAUCGACGCUGAUACGUCACGUGUGCUUUCUGAACUAUAAACUGACAAAAAUUUGAACAAAGAAUUUCAAAAAAAAGGAAAACUUUAAACAAGAACAAAUUAAUAGUAUGAUGAAAAAAAAACACAUCGAUUUUGAAAGUAAACAGUGAAAUAAUCUUUUCUACCUUUUUAAUUUAAGUAUUUACAAAAUUUAAUCAGUUCUGUGCCAUCUAUGACGUCCCACUGAGAAGGAAUUAUCAGUUCAAAGAACUCUUUACAUACAAUUCUUCAGAGACAUUUUUUUAAACCGUUUAACUGUUAGACAAGUAUCGUAAAACAAGAACUAAUUUACUGUUGUAAUGUUAAUAAUAUAAAUAUUUAUAACAAACUUCUGUGAUAUUAUUUUACCGUUUGUACUCAAAUAUCUUAACAAAGAGUCAAUAAAUUAUUCAUUUUUACAUCAAAACAAUUUACUUUGGUUUGUUUUCAAAGAAUUUUUAAAAUGUUUAAUUGUUUGUUUAAAAUAGUAAUUAUGGAAAGCUUUUAAUAAUAUUUUUAAAAAAAAGGUUUUUAACUUGUCGACUCAUUGACAUCUGGACGAACUUGACAGCUUAACAUGAUUGAUAGCUUGACGUGAUUGAGAACUGAACAGGAUUGAUAGCUAGACGUGAUUGAUAUUUGCAGAUCUUGUGUUUUAUAAAUGAAGAGUGGAAUUAAAAAAAAAAAUAUUUGCACAUUGAAAAUAAAAAUUUUAGAAAAAAAAAUAUUAAUAGAC